AUGGAUCAACAACAGCCACUCGCCAUCAUUUCGAGUGAGGAUGAAGAAUCUUAUGUGCAAUCAUUGGACAGCAAAAACAUAACACUUCCUCCGGUGAAGAGAGGCACUGAGCGAGCUGAGCUACUCUUGUUGGCAAUCUCCACUCAUAAAUUCGAUGGCAUUCCUACAUCAAACAGAAUCUUGUCGAAUUCCAACAUUCUUCGGGCAAGUCCACGUGCCCAAUGUAGAACUUUGGAUGGUGAAGAACACAUGCUUCAAGAAUCUGUCAUUUUGAAUAAAGCAACUUUUCCCCAAGCAAUUCCAGAAGUUUUAAAAAGUAUUCAAAAUUCUGGUUUCAAUUUGAAUUCCCAACAAGAAGGUACAACAGUUUUUCUACCAAUCCCCAAAGUAACAAAAGAACACAGAGAAAACCUAUCAAAAAAUGCCAAACUAUUAUUUAUCAAAUGCAGAGAUGCUAUAAAAGAUGUACAAAAUAAAACUAUCAAAUCCUUGAAAAGGAAAGAUGGAGUAUCAGAAGAUCUUGUUAGAAAUAUAGAAAAUCAUUUGAAAGCUUUAGGAGAUAAAUACAUUUCUGAAGCUUAA